CAGCUGAAGCAAAAGGAAAACGAAGUUAACGCUGUUAGCCUGUAGCUUAGCAAUGAAACCCUACCACAGUCAAACCUAGCUGGCUUACAUUUAGCGCCCACAGUAAACUGGAUUUAUAGCUAAUCUAGUAGAGCUGUAAAACAUAGCCGGGUCAAAUGGUGUACGAGACUGUGCUGCCAUGGGUGACAUGAAAACCCCAGAUUUUGAUGAUCUCCUGGCUGCCUUUGACAUCCCAGAUGCCACAGGGUUGGAUGCCAAAGAGCCCAUCCAAGGGAGUCAUGAGGAGACUGAGAGUCAGCUGAAGCACACGGGGAUAUGUCUGGAUGACAGUUUAUUGAGUAACCAAGCUGUCACAACAGCAGAUAUCCCUGCUGUAAGUGUUAUUGUGAAAAACACAAGUCGACAGGAGUCGUUGGAAGGUUUUGAGCCAGCAUUGCAAAAUGGAUUCAGGGGACAAGAGACCUCCAUUGACUCAGUUGAGACACCCAACGCUGACUUUUCCAAAUCAUUUGUUUCCGCUUUGAAUGGAGAGAGUCCGAGAGAGCUUCUUGGGAAGGCGCCAAUUCAACACAAGCCUGAUGGAGCACCAAUAUUUUCACAGUCUCUUUCUCAUUUUAGUCCCAUCUCCAGUCCUGAGUCUGAAGACACUCAGUGUAGUAGGGAUGACAUGCAUCCAAAACAAGAAAGACCCUGUUUCCCAGAAGCUUUAGAUUUGGUGGAACCUAUAAUCCCAGACAAUCCAAAAAAAUUGGACCUCAGCCUGUUUGACGACUGUCCAAAGGACUCUGAUAUUCCCAAAAACACUCAGAGGAGCAUAGAGGAAAGUAGGAUAAAUGAGGAGUCCACUGACAUCUGUGCCGGUAACAGAAUUGAUAAAACACAGAGAAUACACAGUACACUCCCCCCUCCCAGCCCAGACUUUGAGACCAACUGCAAUUCAGGAACCACAAUGGACGUUCCCACUUCUUAUCCACAUGUCAAAUCUAAAAUAUCUUCUUGCCUCGAGGCUCUGGUGGCUCUUAAUUCUAGGAAAGAUCCCAGUGAGCAGAUUAAUCCCAGAGAGCCAUCAGCAGUUCAGAAUGACUGCUUUAAAGCAAACCCCAACGUGCCUAUGUCUCCACGAAGCCCACUUGAAGCUGUAAAACGGUUAAUGAAACCCUCAGAUAGUCCCAUAAGCAUCUGCAGUGAUAGUAGUGGCAAAGCAUCCCCUGCUGUGGCAACAGGGUCACCCCCUGCUAUACCCAGGGUCCGAAUUAAAACCAUUAAAACCACAUCUGGGCAGAUCAAGCGCACAGUGACCAGUGUGCUGCCUGAUUCAGAAACAGAUGAAGUUCAUUCUGCAUACGAAUCCUCCCCAUCACAGAGCAUGAUUAGUGAAGAUUCCUACUGUAACAUGUCUCCCCAUCCGUCUCAAAGUGUUGAUAGUAUUGUUGGAGCCCAAACUAAAGGUGCCCCUGCUACUGCAGCUUCACCGAAAGUUUCACGCAACAAACCAGAGGUUAACUCCAGGAGGCCGGGCAUGACGCAGUCCGCAGCAGUGUUCCAUAACACUAGUGGUCCUGUCAAAAGAUCUGCUGCACAUCAGGGGCAGAAACCAAAGAGAGGAUCAGCCACGAUAGGCCACACAACCAGCACCAACUUCCUCCCAAAAGCAAUGCACUUAGCUAGUCUGAACCUGGUCCCUCACAGUGUUGCCGCCUCAGUUGCUGCACGCUCCACGUCCCACCAACAGAGCCAACACACACUCUCCUCCACGGUGUACAGCACCGUCCCACUGGUGCAUCAGGUGAAAACAGCCAGCCCUUAUCCUUGCACAUACAUUCCCAACACAGCAGCAGGAACCUUAAACAGACUGUUGAACAAUGCCAACCCCGUGCCUACAUAUGUGCCCAACCUGACCCCCCCUCCAGAGAGCAAUAUCAACCUCCCACCACGCGGAUACUGCUGCCUCGAGUGCGGCGAUUCUUUCGGGGUGGAGAGGAGUCUUGCGUAUCAUUACAGCAGGAGGAGCGUUCACAUUGAAGUUGGGUGUACGCACUGCGCUAAGACGAUGGUGUUUUUCAACAAGUGUGCCUUGUUGGCGCAUGCACGGGAGCACAAGAACAAUGGCAUGGUGAUGCAGUGCACUCAGCUCCACAUGAAACCCAUAGCAGAGGAGCAAAUGUUUGUACCACUGAGUGCUGUGAACCUGGACUCCACCUCAUCCUCCCUUAAAAGCCAGCCUGUCCUGCCCCUCUAUCCAGACAAUGCCAUCCGUCACCGGCUCAGAUGCCUGGAGUGUAACAAGCAGAUGUCUGACUACAAAGCUUUAGCAGGCCAUUACCAGAGGCCUUCUGAAGAUGUGGAAGGACUCAUGUGUAAGGUGUGCUCCAUGUUAUUACCCAACAAGUGCAGCUUCAAAGCUCACCAACGCAUUCAUGCACACAAGUCUCCGUACUGUUGUCCUGAGUGCGGUGCCCUGAGCCGCUCUGCAGACAUACAGAAGCACGUCAAGGAAAACUGUCUGCACUACGCUCGCAAGGCGUGGUACAAAUGCCUUCACUGCGAUAUGGUUUUCAAGACCCUUCAAGGACAAAAAACUCACAUUGAGGAAAGACACUGUGAUGUCUUCUAUAAGUGCUCCAUCUGUCCAGUUGCCUUCAAGACCUCUGACGGCUGUGAAGUGCAUUUAAAAAAUAAACACAACACCAGCAAAAUAUCCCCUGUGUUAAUCUUUAAGUGCUCGUGUGAGACGAUUUUCAAGAAAAAGCAGUUACUGUUUCAGCAUUUCCAUCAGAAUGCCAACAAGCGUGUUACGUCUGUAUUCAAGUGUCCAGAAUGCAACUCGGUCUUUCCACAAAAGCAGCUGUUAAUGCAACAUGUCAAGAGUGUUCAUGUAGGAAACUUGACAGCAGAGGCAGAGGACAACAGCAAACAGACAGACAACCCUGACUGGUACCAGGAUGCUCAGUCUGUCCAACAACAGAAGAGUCACAGCCCUGUUAAACACACAGAUAGUCCAAGAAAAAGGGUUGAGCAGGACAAAAGACCUGGUGUGAAGCCCACCGGCUGGACGUGUGGGGAGUGUCUCCAGUGUUUCCCUGAGCGAGACUCCUAUGUUUCUCAUAUGAAGACCAACCACGGAAAGUCAGUGAAGAAGUAUCCAUGUCGACACUGUGAGCAGUCUUUCAACUCUUCAAUCAGCUUGAGACGACAUGUUCGUAAUGACCACGGUGGAAAAAAGAGAAUUUACACUUGCUGGUAUUGCACAGAUACAAAGAAGAUAUUCACUUCGAGUGUGAUGUUAAAGAAUCACAUCAGUCUAAUGCAUGGAAUCAAAAAUCCUGAUCUUGGCCAAAUGCCGAAAACAGCCAUCCAGGAAUCCAAAAAGUGUCUGGGCAAGGGACUUUUCGUAGGAAGACCUCCUGUGGACACACAGGAGGCGGGCCAGGAUCGCACUUCUGGUCUCAAGGCUCCUCCAGCGAAACGUCAGAAAACUCAGUUCCGCUGUUCAAAGUGCGGCUUUGUCACAGACGACAGCGCCCAGUUCCAGCAGCAUAUACCACAGCAUAAAACUGAUGAAAACACUCCUCAGUGCCUUCACUGCGGCCUGUGUUUCACAUCCGUGCUGUCUCUCAACAGACAUCUUUUCAUUGUGCACAAAGUGAAAGAUCCCGAAGACGGUGAGAGAGAAGAGGACGGGACGGAGGUGAGAGAGAAGCAGCAGGUUAAUCAGCCAGUCACAUUAGCAGAUACAGAUGAGGUCAGUGACUUGUUACCGGAGCUAAAUGAACCUGAGCCCUCACAGGCAGGAGAUCCAGCGAGUCUGAACUGUGACAAGACGUCAGACUGUAAUUUAAAACUGAGCACGCACUCUCAGACGCAAGCAGUCUCUCUCCGGUAGUAAGACCUCUUUAAAGCUGCUUUAAUGUUGUUAGUUUUCACAUGACAGUAACAGCGGAGGCUCGAUGGUCUGCAUGGAAGUGUUUGGGCCUUUCUUUUUUAUUAUUCAGAGGCCGUGCAGUAUAUUCAAGCAGAUCCUUAACAUUUAUUAAGGAAGAGUAUUUUCACAAAUGAGAGGGGAAAUUAAUAUUUUUCAAUUAUUUUUAUUUAACUUUGCAUGUUGGUAAUAUAUUCAUUUUGCCUUUCAGACGUAACUGCACAUAUUACAGCUGAAGCUUUUUAUUUUUCUUUCCCCCAAAAUGUUCCAUCCACUCUGACAGGAGACUCAGGAAUGUCUGUUAGUGUCGAGGUCUGAUUGAUUAAAGAGGUGGAUGUUUGCCUUUUUAUAUUCAGCAUUUAUUUUAAUUGCUUGAAUUUUGUCUGAAGUAUUUAAUGCAACACACUAUUACCUGAAAGGGCUUCAGGUUGCGUUUUUUAUGACAUAACUGUGUUGCAAUUAAUUUGCAGUACAAAGCUAGAAUGUUUAGCCACCAUGUAUCACAAAACAGUAUAGCUCAGUAUUCAUUUAGAGCCGUAUUCCUGCGUUCUUGGAAGUUAUUUGUAAACUGUCCAGUGAGAAAGAAUACGUGCAAGUUGUCUUGUUUGGCAAAGCCCACUGAGGUUAGGCUACACUUCAAAGCAAGACUUUCUCUUGACUAUUUUAGCAUUUUGCAAUGCUUUUGUCUCUGUGUUUAUUAUUCGAUUUGUGGGUGCAUGUGUUGUCCCAGUUCUGGCCUUCUUUUGUCUUUUUUUCUUAAUGAAUUUUCUUUCCUUUUGUGAAUGAGUGUUAAAGGGUAACUUCAGUAUUUUUUUUACCUUUUUUUAACAUGUUUUCACAAUGUCUAAGUAACAAAAGGAGACUGUUUUUUUAUCCAGUAUGUGUGUAAUAGGUUGCAACAUAACCACUUGAAGCAUCUGUGCAUCGUCAGUUUAUGUCCACAUGAAGUGCUUGUUUUUGCCACUGACAAACUCACAUUAUUACUUGAAGUGUGUGACAACAUUAUGGAAUUGAUCUCUUCACAGAUAGACCUUUUUGUUAAAGAGGAAGAUCCUUUUAAUUAACCAACAACAACCCUGAAAUUGCUAGCAGCAAAACGACCAGACUCAAUUUAAGUAACAAGUAAUUUUAGCAUAUAUAGAGGAGCUUAUUUUCACCUCUGACGGGGUGAAUUAAUGGUGAACUUCAAUUAAACCAGAGUUGGUGAUUGAUGCAACAGUGGAAAGACAAACCAAGAAGACUUGUGUGAGUUUUACUUUGUUUCUGUUUACUUUGAAGUGUGUUUUACAAUGAUAAAAUAACUGUUUAUUUAAAUGGAGUCAGGGGUGUGUGGCUACAGUGAUUUUGAGGCUGUUUCUGGUUUUACCAAAAGGAUCUUACUCUUAGUCAAAAAGGUCCACCUAUGUGGGGAUCCUUUCAAUAAUGUUAGACACUUAGAAUAACUAUUAGAGCCCCUCAGUGGCAAAAAUAAGCACUUACGGUUGACUUACAUUGACAGUGCACAAUUACCCUGAGUGGUUACAUUGCUGCCUGUUUUUGCCUCUCUGGGCUGCAGCGCAUUGUCACAUUACUAGAACAAUUUCAAAAAUUGCUGUCUCAGUUUGUCACUUAGACACAAAAACGUGGAAAAAUAGGGUUCAUGUUGAAAAAUACCAAAGUUCCCCUUCAAGGGCAAACGUGGAGAGGUAUUGGAUGUGUGGUGCAGUAGUUUUGAAAAUACCUCAAAUUGCCAGAAAUGUAUUUUCAGGCAAGUGAACAGUCAAUGUAAUGUCAAAUCAGGGUACAUUGUUUUGGAUAAUCCAGAGCAGGCGUGAAAGUGAAGUUUUGGUGGUGUAUUGGAGAUAGUGUUCUAAAAACGAGGACCUGUGAUAAUAAUACUAGUAGGAUCAGAGGAGUUGGUCAGAUCCAUUAUGGCUCCAGAGGAAAGACAUUUCUCAGAUCAGUGCUCAUUAUGUUGGGUACUUCUUGUUCGCACGUUCUGGAUUGUGAAGCAGCGCCUCUUGUUAUGUAUUGAACACGACAGUUCCUACCUCCAUGGUUAAUGGCAGUGAUUGUUUUACGAUGAAAGACUUUGAGGAGUUGAAGGUAAUCUCAGUGCAAUGUAAAAAAAGAAAAAAAGGUUUAAAAAAUGUGUAUUAUCCCACAUUAUUGAAUUUUAUAAAUUAUUUUGGGAAUUAUAUUAAGGCUAUAUGGUCAUAUUGACUUAACUGGCAAGUGAACUUUUGUAUUUAAGUGCUAUAGGAGCUCUGUAUUUCUCUGUAGUCUGAAAUCCUUAAUUUACCACACUGCAGCUGUUUGACUGCAGAGGCUGAAAAGAAUGACAUGUUCUUUUAUAACGCUCGUUGAAAGACGUUUGUACUUUUGAUACUGUGUACAGGGAGGACUUGUAUAGGUAGGUAACCUGUGUACAUACAGUAGCCAGUGAACCCUGGAUUCACAGUAUUUCUUAAGCCAUUACAUCUAUUCAGCAUGCAGUGGCCCACGUGCCUUGCUGUAUUGUUUACGUCAACAUACUUACAAAUAAAUUGGUGCAUUUAAUUAUACAUCUGCUUUGUGUUUUGUCUUGUGUUGAAGACAUGCGUCUGUAUGAAAGGAUGUGGGGGUGGGAGGUGAUUGAUGGUAUUUGGGUGUGAUUAUUAGUGGUUUUGCACUGAGGUCAGUUGUCACCGCAACUCAGAAUAACACGAGGCACUGUCAUUCAUCCAAUAAGAAAGCAACCACAGACGAGUGACUUCAUGCCAUUAGAAUAUUAAGCCCGUCCUAUCUGAGUAUAACUGCCUGCUACCGAAGUAACACAAGAGCAAAGGGGAUUUUAAUUAACCUGCCUCAAAUCUGCACGAAACACGUUUGAGG